ACCUCGCUCCCGCACCGCCAUGAGCUACCUCCUCUCCUACAUCUCCAAGAUGCUCUGCAUCAGGACGCCGUCCUCGUCGGAGGAGGCGGCGGCGAAGCGUCCGGCGGCCGGCGAGGAGUGCUGCGUCUGCCUCUCGAGGAUCCGCGCCGGCGAGGCCACGCGGCGGCUGCCCUGCGAGCACGCCUUCCACCGGGACUGCGUCGACCGGUGGCUCGCGCUCUGCAAGCGGACCUGCCCGCUCUGCCGGGUGUACGUCGCCGACGGCAACGGCGGCGGAAGGCAGGCCGCGGCCAAGCACGCCGGCGAGGGCGCCCUGGCCGACGACCUCGUCAUCUGGUUCUCCACCAUGCUCGUCCCAGGGUUCUGAGACGACGAUCAAGGAUGAUGUUUCUUUUUGCUCUUCGCUCCUCGUGUUUAUUUUCUCCUUUGAAAUGAUGGCGACGCAUGACGCAUGUAGCUAGGGUUGUAGGUAGCAAACGUUUUCGCAUGCGGAUCGUCGGCGAAUGGGCUCCUGCAAAUUUUGUAUUCGAGGUUUAUCGUCGCUUUACGAAUGUGGGUGUAAAUAAGAAGCAUGAUUGGUCUUCUACUAACCUUAAUUUGGAUACAUAUGCAUGCAUGGUGUGUGUAUAUAUAUAUAUGUGUGUGUAUUAUACUCACUGCAUGGAAGGUUGGCAAAAUAUUAAUAUUUCAAACUU